CGUGGUUUCGUCAUGUUGGCCAGGCUGGACUCGAGUGAUCCUCCUGCCUUCAGCCUCCCAAAGUGUUGGGAUUACAGUCCUGAGCCACCGCGCCAGGCCCGGAUACCCUUUUAGAAGGGUUGGCUUUCCCUCAGGCCUUGGCUAUUAGCGCUCCCCUCUUAGGGGGUUCCACCUCCUACUCCCCAAACCUCUAAACUCCUCACAAGCGCCAGGGGUGGCCAAGAGCGACCGGGGUCGGCAGGGGGCGCCCGGGAGCCGCGUGUCCAACGGGGAAAGCGAGUCAGGUACCUCGCGCUCCCCGCCCCAGGCGCGUGACCAGAGCGUGCUGACCCGGCCCACCCGGGGCGGUUGUGGUCGCUAUAUAUAAGGUGAGGAGGCCGCCGGCCCGUUCGGUUCCGGGCGUUACCAUCGUCCGUGCGCACCGCUCCGCGUCCAGAUUUGGCAGUUCUUCGCUGAAGUCAUGAGCUUUUUCCAACUCCUGAUGAAAAGGAAGGAACUCAUUCCCUUGGUGGUGUUCGUGAGUGUGGCGGCGGGUGGAGCCUCAUCUUUCGCUGUGUAUUCUCUUUGGAAAACCGAUGUGAUCCUUGAUCGAAAAAGAAAUCCAGAACCUUGGGAAACUGUGGACCCUACUAUACCUCAAAAGCUUAUAACAAUCAACCAACAAUGGAAACCCAUUGAAGAGUUGCAAAAGGUCCAAAGGGUGACCAAAUGACCAGCCCUCGCCUCUUUCUUCUGAAGAGUACUCUAUAAAUCUAGUGGAAACAUUUGUGCACAAACUAGAUUCUGGACACCAGUGUGCGGAAAUGCUUCUGCUACAUUUUUAGGGUUUGUCUACAUUUUUUGGGCACUGGAUAAGGAAUUAAAGGAGUGCAGCAAUAAUUGCACUGUCUAAAAGUUUGUGCUUAUUUUCUUGUAAAUUUGAAUAUUACAUAUUGAAAUUUUUUAUGAUCUAUGAAUAUUUUUCUUAAAAUUUACAAAGCUUUGUAAAUUAGAUGGUCUUUAAUAAAAUGCCAUUUGUGCAAGAUUU